GAGCCACUGCCUGCAGGAGAGGACACCAGGGAGCCUUAUGGGCUAUAAAAACAACCCCCAUAACUGCUCCAUCGCUGUGACAGUGUUCUCGGGUCUGACCGGCUGCCUCUCCCCCAACUACAACACACCACGAUCCGAGUUACAGAAGAGGCUUUCGGCUCAAGCCUCCAUCCGCCAUUUUUCAGCAGAUUGAAAGCAGGUAGAGCACAAAAAGCACAAGUCCCCGGUCACAUAAAGCAGAUCAUGGCUUUCAUCGGAGGGACAGUGGAAACUCUAGAUGAAAUUCCAGGUCAUGUGUGGAAGGAUUUGCCGGACUGUUUGAGUCUCAGACCUUCUGCUAUAAAUCAAAGCCGCGUUGGUGUCUGGGCCACUCAGUUCAUCCCUAAAGGCAAGAGGUUCGGCCCGUUUGUUGGGGAGAAGAAAAAAAGGUCCCAGGUGACCAGUAACGUGUACAUGUGGGAGGUUUAUUUCCCAUCGCGGGGCUGGAUGUGUGUUGACGCCACAGACCCCAUGAAGGGCAACUGGCUUCGAUACGUGAACUGGGCCCGCUCCGGUGAAGAGCAGAAUCUGUUCCCCCUGGAGAUCAACAGAGCCAUUUACUACAAAGUUUUAAAGCCUAUCGGGCCGGGAGAGGAGCUGCUGGUGUGGUACACCGUGGAAGACAACCCCGAGAUAACAGCUGCACUGGAGGAAGAAAGAGCCAGCAGUCUGAGCAAGAAACACUCACCCAGGAGGGCGAAGCGAGCCAGAAGAAAGCUGCUGGAGAAAGCCAGACAGGCUGGUUUGGGUGGAUUCAAGAAAACGAGUGUAACCAAACCUACUGGCUUGGAGAUGUGGGAUGGAGAAGAAGGUCUGAAGGAGGAGGACGAGAGGCCUUCAACCUUGGGGCCCUCACAGGAACUCCAGGAAACCCAUCCCAUGAGAAGCACUGACCGUAGGGAUGUGGAGGACAUGUCAACAGUGACAACUGACCGGGGAAACAGGGAGGAGGAAGAAGAGGAGGAGGAGGAUGCUGAUGAUUUGGAGGAACCGAGUGAAGUAAAGCAGCAAACUGCUCAGCGAUCACCUGCAGCUGAUUCCAUACUAAACAAGCAGCCGGGCUCAUUGCUGAACAGUGGCGAAGAAAGCCAUAAAGAUCCACAGGGAAAGGUUGAGUCUUCCUCGCUUGCAGGACAAGAACCACAGGUUGAUCCUGAUCCUGAUCUUGACCCCGACCCCGAUGGUGACCUUGAAGGCGAUCCCCAUGGAGAGUCAUAUCCCUGUCAGCACUGUGAGCGCCAUUUCUCCACCAGACAGGGUCUGGAACGUCACAUACACAUUCACGCCAUCACUAACCAGCAAACACAACUGUUCAAGUGCCGGUACUGCAGUAAAUCCUUCGGCUCACAGGUGGGGCGGCGGCGGCACGAGAGACGGCAUGAGAGUGGGCUUAAGAAGAGGCCUGGCUCUCUGGCAGGCACUGCCAAUCUACUCAGUCCUGUGAUGCAGACUGAUGGUUCAAGUCCCGACUGCACCAGCCCGCCCACUCACUAUAUAGCCAUAGGGUCCCAGUUCACUGGAGGAACUCUGCACAACUCUGAGAUGCAGAGAAAGGAGUCGGGGCCGUAUGCCGACCGUCCUUUUAUAUUAGAUGAAAACGGGGAGUCAAAGGAACUCCAUCCCUGCAAGUACUGUAAUAAAGCGUUUGGCACACACACAAACAUGCGUCGACACCAACGUAGAAUACACGAACGGCACUUGUUACCGAAGGGAGUUCGCAGGAAAGGCAUGCUGCUGCAAGAGGCAUCGGUGCCCAAGCAGCAGCAGCAGCAGCAGCAGCAGCAGCAGCAGCAGCCCGAUGAGUCACCCAGCACCAGCCCUCCGACCGUCUACGUGCCCAGUGCGGACACAGAAGACGAGGUGGACAGGGACGAUUACGCCGUUGACAUAUCCAAAAACAUCUCUGAGAAUCUGAGCUUCUACAUUGACGGCAAGAUCGUGUCCACCAGUUCAGUGAGCAGCUGUGAUGUGAUAGAGGUGGACUCCAGAUCUGCAGCCCUGUUUGGUCUGGACACAGUCAUCAUCAGCCCGAAUCAGAUCAGUCAGGCACUGAAGGUGGAGGGUCGAACUGGCGCCACAAAGCAAGUCUCCAGCAUCGGCCAGCCAGCAGGAAAAAGAAGAACAUCCACACCCCCGUUUGUUCCCAGCCUUAAAGUCGAGACGGAGUCAGCAUCUCUCACAGCCUCUUCAUCGUCUUCAUCAUCCUCUACAUCUUCCACAUCUAACUUGUUAGUGGGUGGACUGUUCCAGCAAGCUGGCGAUUCAUCAGCAUUUCAGCGAGAGAAGACUGUUUAUCUCUCACCUAAGCUCAAACAGCUCCUUCAGACACAAGACAUUCAGAAAUCAACCAUCGCCCUGAUAACAGAAAGCCAUAGACUGGCCUCACCGCUGUCAGUCACGCAGCUUCCAGGGGCUUCGGGCAGGUUUAAGAGGAGAACAUCCUCUCCUCCGUCAUCUCCUCAACUCAGUCCUGCAUGUAAAACAGAGAGCUGUAAAUCCGACGCGGUGAGCUCAUUCGCCCUAAAGGUGCCAAAGCUGGAGAGACUCAAUGCGUCGCCUCCUGUGAGCCUACUGGACAAGGAAGAUGGAGACAGCCUGAACCUUUCUGAAAAUAAUAUGCACGGCCAAACCUCAUCUAAUAGCGGUGGAAAUUCCUGUAAUCAGCAGCCCCUGGAUCUGUCAAACUCCGUCAGCAGGAAGAGGGACAGCUCGAACAAGGUGCUCGGGGAUUCAGCUCUAGAUUUAAGCUUCCAUCGGAAGAGCAGCGUCGAGCCUGAAUUAAAGGGAAGUCCAGCACCGCAGCCACUGAUAAAAAAGAGAAAGCCCAACACCAGCAUGCUUGAAAAGGUGCUGAUGAAUGAUUAUUUAGGUCUACCUUUGUCAGGAGAGGAGGGCCCCUCGGCCUUAGCAAACUUGAGUUCUCUCCAUUCUCGCUCUCCAAGCAUUGCGACAGAGUCUGCCCACCCGUCUCCACCCGCUCUGACCCCCGUCACCUUGAACCCGUCUUCCCCCGCUAACUCCAGCGUGACAUCCCCGACACCGCCUCCCCCUAUACUACCUACCAUACCGUCUCCGCCGGCUAUGCCUAGCUCUCCUCUAUCUCAGCCUUCGGACUCCUCUGCCCAGAGACCUCUUCCUGUCCUCUCGCCAAAAAUGUCUCCAAGAUCGGUGGAACGCGAUCCCCUGUCAGACUCUGAGGACAAUUUGUCUGCUGAAGAAAACGAAGAUGAGGAAGGGAGCCAUAUCUCUGAGCCACAGGACUUCCCCAACACUCCACUUAAAGAUCCCGCUAAUCGCUCGGCGUCAUUAAACCCUCCUGAGGAGACGUCUGUAGAUCUGGACGCUAUCGAAGAAGAUGUGUCCCCGACUGUAACCUCCGCCGUGAUGGCAAAUGGCAAAAUUAACCAAAACCAUGACCUGGUAUCAGAGGAAUCUCCUGCUGCCCGCUCACCUCAAGCGGAAUCCUCAUCUUCCUCAUCAUCUCCUCCUGCAUCUCACGAUCCAUCCCCAUCACUGGUUUUACAAUCCUUCCCUCAGAUUAAGAUAAAAGAGGAGCCUCAGCCCUGCGUAGGUGAGCUGCCAGAUACGAAUCAUGGUCCUCCGGACGGUGUUGCCCCUUCUCCUCAGCCCAGUGCUCCCGAUAAACCGUCUGAUAAAACCUCAGAGGCAGAGGAAGUCGACCUGACCUACUGCAAGACUUUUGUGUGCAAUGUCUGCGAGGAGCCGUUCAAGUCCAUCAAAGAGCUCAGCGGGCACAUCAGUGAGCACGCUGCAGAUUGGCCCUUCAAGUGUGAAUUCUGUGUGCAGCUGUUCGGCGACGCUCCGGCCCUGCUGGCCCAUCGGACAGCGCUGCACGGAGUGGGCAGGAUUUUCGUGUGCUCCGUUUGUUCCAAGGAGUUUGCAUUUCUCUGUAACCUCCAGCAGCACCAAAAAGAUUUGCAUCCCAACGAGACAUGUUCACAUACCGCUUUAGAGAGCGGCAAGCUUAGGCCACAGAACUACACGGAUCCAUCCAGAGCCAAAGAGGAAAGCAGUCCUUCAACACCAGCACCGGAGGCGACUGAUGAAGCUGCUCCACACAGUGACAGCGAUGUAGCAAAAGAAGAGCCUGACGUUAACGGUAAUCAUACAGAGGACGGGGCAGAGGACCCCAAUGAGGAGCUGUACACUACGAUAAAGAUCAUGGCCUCAGAAGGAGGGAAGCCUAAAGCCCCGGAUGUUCGCCUUGGCAUUAACCAACACUACCCCAGUUAUAAACCACCCCCUUUUCCUUAUCAUAGCCGUUCCCACGCCGGCUCGGUGGCCUCGGCUACUAACUUUACCACCCACAACAUACCACAAACUUUCAGCACUGCCAUACGCUGCACCAAGUGCGGCAACAGCUUUGACAACAUGCCCGAACUGCACAAGCACAUUUUGGCCUGUGCCAGCGCCAGCGAUAAGAAGCGCUACACUCCCAAGAAAAACCCCAUCCCCCUCAAGCAAAUAGUGAAGAGUCCGAACGGAGUCGUGUCACCGUCGGCAGCCGUCGCAGGCCAGAGUCCUUUCCGGAGAAUGGGUCAGCCAAAGAGACUUAACUUUAAUCAAGAUACGAAUGGUAAAACAAAAAUGAGUGCCCUCAGUAAGAAGAAAAACCAGCUAGUCCAGAAGGCGAUCUCACAGAGAAAUAGAGCUGCCACCACUGCAAAGAAGGCUACUGUUAAAGUUGAAGAAGAGACGCCCUCUAAUGUUUGCCCCCACUGCAGUCGGGAGUUCACUUAUCCUGCGAGUCUCUGUAAACAUAUGGCAGUCAGCUGUCCCAUGAAGCCUGUUGUUAAAAGGGGCAAAAAAGGUCUAGCAGAGGUGAAAAAAGAGGGGGGGUCGGCGGUAGAUAGAAACAUAAACCUUAGAAAGAAGGCCUCAGACUGUGAAAUGCCACAGACAGAGCCGCAGCGUAAACCCCUUGGAAAGACCAGAGCUCGUAGCUCUGGUGCAGCAGACCCUGAACCCUCCCAGGCAAACAAAGGAAAACCCGCUGCUACGCUCGGCAGACUAAAGAGGCCCGCCUCGUUCCCAGCACAAGUUUCUACAGGCAAAAAAAUGAAGAAGGCCCAAAUUCAGUCUCUACCUCCCACCCCGUCAGCCCCCGACACUCCCAGUGACGCUGCGCAACAACGACCAGCCAUGAGGAUGCAGCGUAUGGGCAAAGAGGCAGCACCCAAGAGACUAGCCGAGGCCAAAUCACCACCACCAGCACCACCACCACCACCACAACAGCUGAAGAAAGAGGAGCGGUUCUCCCUUCGAACGAGGGACAGAGUAGGUGGUCCAGUCACCAGGAGCUUACAGAUGGUCAACGCCGCUCCUUCUGUUGACGUGAAAACAGAAGAACCACCGAUUCAAGAGCCAAAAGAGACUCAGGAAGUGCUGAUGAAGUGAGCCAUGUGGACACUGUUGAGCUCCUCUGGGUAUCCGGUGCUCACCUCUCAGGCAAUGCUCCGGACUAAUCAAGGCACUGAGGUCAACCUUUUGUGGUGGGAUUAUUCAAAUCAAAACACGUGAAGUCUCUCAACUGCCUUUGCUGGAUUUAAGGAGGGAACUCUCUUUAUCUUCCAUCUAUCUUAUGAACUGAACUGAGCCUCGAUUUCAGCCAGCCUUGCAAAAAAAAAAAAAUGAAACUGUAAAUGACAAUGAGUUAAUAUAUAAACAAUACGAGUCAUUACUUGACCCAAAACAGUAAAAUUAGGGCUCCGUUAUGUUGGAAAGCUGAUAUAUUGCAAAUGGCAAUCAUGUAUCAGUGAGGGUUAGCGAAAAUAGUUUGUUUAUUCGUUCGUUCCGUAUUUUCCCCAUUUGGUUGUUUAGAUUUUUGGAUGUUUCCAGAGUCUCUUAAUGCAUGUGCAGAAUAGAGCAUCAACUAGAUUACGCCAAUUCCCAUGUCUCUCCCAACAGGCACCUACUUCAGUUUCUACAUGAUUUGCAAAGUAUGUAUGUUUUGAUUUAAAUUUCUGUAGUCAUUAUAUUGUAGAAUAUAUCUUACUGGUAUAUUUUUGUUUGGGAAACAAAAAUGAAAAUGGCAGUAGUUUACUGCAACAAUUGGUCCUCAGGAACACUGUAUAUCUGUGUGGUAAGUAUGUGUAUGGUUCUAGUCGGAUGUGUGGCCUGACAGCUAUUCCUUUGGAUAAAUCUCAAGUAUGUCAUGUUUUUACUUGGUUUCUCAUAUUCUUGUUUGUUCCACGUUGGCAGUUAAUUCGAGUUGUAAAAUGAUAGAAAUUAUGUUUAGUCUCCUUUAAAUAAUGUUCGUCUUGAAAAUCAUUUUGAGUAACACUCAUUCAGCCCAGUGUUUCUUACAGCACUUUAAAACAAACUGCCAAAAUGUCUAGCUGAAUCAGUAGGAUUGGCUUAAUUGAACGGUGAAUAAUGGAAUGUAUUCAGACACUUUGCAGACACUGGCAAUUUGCACCAAAUUGGUGCAAAGCAUUCAUCUGAUCUCAAAUACUUCUUUUACAGCCAACAAAUCUCUACAUUGGUUUUUUCCGUUAAGCAUGAAAAUGACACAUGAACCACCUUUUUAUAUGCCAAAAUGCAUGAUGAUAAUUCAAAUCCUCAGAUAUGUUGAAUGCAGCAGUGUUUUGUUUUUGUCCGAUGUAAGUGGACGUGUGCAAAGAUGUUUCAUGUGUCAAUUUUCUUUCAGGAGCCAUACAAUAGUAAAAAAAAAAACAUUUUUUCUUCUAAGGAAAAAGUAAUCUUUGUUUCUGUGCGUCGAUAUAUUUGGCAAAUUUGUACAAAUGGAAAGCUUCUUAUUUUUAAUUAAUAAUCUCCAGUGCUCAUCCCACUUUCUCACUCUUGACCAUAUCCAGUUGUACCACGGGCAGUGCUUAAACGCUUGUAGCAUGUUAUGGGAAAGUAAAUUGAACAAUAUGAUUUGAAACUAAUUUAAUUUCCACGUGAAAUCUUCAUUUAUGCCUUUCAGCAUCAAGAUUAUGUAUUUAAGGAUGAACAAAGACAAAAAUCCCGAAUGACCUCAAGUAAAACAUUGCUGUAAUUGACAUAAUAAUAAUAAAAAAAAAGUUUUUCAAAUUGUGUUUAAGCUUUUAUUGUUUUUGCUUACGGGGUUUCCAAUUAUGCUAGCUGUGCGAGAUGUGAGUAAAAAAAAUAAAUUUAAUGGGUGCAAAUGGUUUUCUUACAUUGAUCUAGGUCCAUUUCCACGCAUUCAAUUUCAUACUUUAUAGAAAAGUACAUUAUAGAAAGGGAGUUUUCAAGUUCAUGAUGUUAUAUGUAAUGUAUUGCUACA